GCCUUUCUGGAGCAACUCUCUCAAAUGCAGAGAAUAAAUCUGAAGAAGAUUCUAAAGAUGAAGGACAUCACCAACCUGGAGCUCCUUCAAAUGUCCAAAAAGAUCAUUGAUUGGGUAAUUAUUGCAUCCAGAGAUGUGGUUCUCCCAGCUGUGGACUUGUACCAGGCCAUCACAAAUGACCUGUACAAAAGGUACACCCAGAAGGACCUCCAUCAUCAGUGGCUAGGCCUAGGGGAUGGCUGUAUGUCCAGUGCAGUGAAUCAUAUGGUAGUGGUCAAUGCCGCUAACAUAUUUAAUGCCCUAGUCUGCAUGACAAGGACCAACAGGAAGGAACCAGAAGACUCAGAUGAGAGCGGCCUCGCCUACUCUGGACAAUCUACACCGUGUGACCCACCACUUGCUAGCCACAGGAAAAGCAAUCUGCUCUUCUGUAGCCGAAUUCGUGUCAACGCUAGAGAGCUGAUCCGUCACAUUUACCAGAUGCUCCUCGAUUCUCGCUUGGGAAGCAUGUACUUAUCCCAAAGCUGGUGGACAAUGAUGCCUCCAGAUUUGGCUGCCAAAAGGAACCUUGAGUUUCUUUCUGACUUGCUUUUCAACUUCAUUGUAUACGCAGUGAAAAAUCUCCUCGAGUCAUUCUUAGGAUUGCCCCACAAGAUACCAUUCAAUAGCUCAAUGGAGCGGAGCCUUGAGAGCAGGCCAGCUGUCUCCAACACCAUGUCAGAGGAGGAGGAGGAGGCACUUGAGGCCCUGUCUGAAGUGUUGAUCAGUAGGGUGGCUGACAUGCUCUCUAGCACCUCUGAAACUCAGCAGAGUGCCAAUAACGCCAUUGGAAAAGAUUUGUCGUCUGAGGACAGUGCAGUCACAACUGAGGCUGUCCAUGAAGAUCCAAUCAUCUAUGACGAUGACCUAGAGGGGUACACUUCCGCACUCCAGAUGGGUGGGACUCCGACAGCCUGCAGGAGCCCUUGCACUUCAGAUGGUCUAGACUCUACAACAACUCUCAGUGCUCAGUCUCUUGAAGCAGACACUGGGCUUUUAAAGCUAUGCAGGAACGAAGAUGGCAGACACUGUCAUCAGCGCGAGUACAUCGGGGUGUCUGAGAACGGAUCACUGGAUGGAUCUUGCUCAGACCAGGGUUCAGCCAGUACAACCUCAGCACAGAGCAGCUCUACGUCAGUGUCUGUACCUCCAGGUGGCCGUGCUUUCACACUGAAGGAGAGCGGUCAGACUCCCUAUGAGCUUUCGAGUCAGACUAGUGACCACUCCUUAAGCACCUUUCAGCAAAAAUCUUUUGAGGUGAGAAAAUGGAUUUGGCAGAGAAAUACUUUCUUAAUCAUUUCUACUAUGUGAGUGAAUGGCAAUAUCGCAGAUUCAACGUGAAGCAAUUGUUACAAAUAUUUCAAUCGGAAUUUUUAUCCAUUUCUUCAAACUAAAGCUCCAUUAGAAAUGUCAACAUGGGCUGUAAAGUGUCAAUACAUAACUAAAGUAUGUUUAACGGAAAAAGAAAAGAAAAAAGUUAAUAUAUUUUGGACUGUGUGACAAUUUAAGAAUAAUUUGUCAAGAACCAGCAAUCAGAUAUUUUCAAACAAUCAGCCCCGAUUUCUAUCCCUUUGUAUUUUCAGUCUAUGGAGGAUACUGUGGAUGUACAAGCCAAAACACUGAAAUGUGAAGACAGUGUGUUUAAAAUGGUAAAUGACUUGUAGUGUCCAGUGUCUCGUCCCUUUGUUCGUGUCUAAAUGACAAGACAUUAAAAUAUUCAAGUCAGCAACUGAGAUUCAGAACAUUAAUACAAAAAAAAGUGGGGAAAAUCCAAGUUAGUGAUCAAUCUAGUUUGUGCCCUGGGUAGAAUAGUGGUCUCAGCAACUAUACUCACAAAUGGGAUGAGAAUAAAAAAAAAUAAAAAAAACGUAUUUAGCUGGAAAGUGAGGACAUGGAUAGAAGGGGGUGCAUUUGUUCUAUAUAACCAUUCUCCUACCCACAUCCCUGACUCCACCAAUUUUGUCAUUUAUUCCACAGACUAAAAACAAAAUAUGUCCAGAAGGUAUGUUUUCUAUUUUUUUU